UUUAGACAUGGGGUUGCGCGCACACAAGCACACGCACGUACAGACGUCCGGGCCCAGCUAGCUCUAACCGGCUAGCAGGAUUGAUGACACCUCCCCGAAACCUCGGCAGCAGCGAAGCUGCACAGUCGACAUGGCAGGAAAAUAUCGCAACAGUUCUGUAAAGAAGGAUGAAAUACUUCCAAGUCAUUUGGAAUAAUAUUUGUCACGAGAUGUGAUCCACCAUCCACAAUGUGUGAGGAUAUUUAAGAACGAUUUAGUUCGGAAAAAAACAAAUCUUGAUUCCAGUGGAAUCUUCCAUAUAUCUAUAUAUAUAUAUAAUUAUUAUAUUUUUUCUUUGUGUUAAUUUGUACUUACAUUUAUAUAUACACCCAUCCCAUCAACAUAUAACCAUGCCUGUGCAAGCGCCACAAUGGACAGAGUUUCUGCUGUGCCCAAUCUGCACGCAGACGUUUGAAGAGACUGUUCGCCGGCCAAUCAGCUUGGGCUGUGGACAUACUGUGUGCAAGAUGUGCCUGAACAAGUUGCACCGCAAGGCCUGUCCCUUUGACCAGACAGCCAUCAGCACAGACAUCGAGCAGUUACCUGUCAACACAGCCCUGUUGCAGCUGGUGGGAGGCCAGGUUCCCAAGGCCCAGCCGGUUGCUUUGAUUACAAGUCCAGAGGACGCUCAGAACUAUGAGGUGGCGAGACAGUGUGUGGAGGAGCUGGCCCUCUACCUCAAACCCCUCAGCAACACCCGAGGUGUGGGUCUGAGCAGCACAGCCCAAAGCAUGCUGAGUCGACCCAUGCAGAGGAAAUUGGUAACUUUGGUUCACUGCCAGCUGGUGGAGGAGGAGGGACGUGUUAGGGCCAUGAGAGCUGCCCGCUCUCUUGGCGAGCGAACUGUCACCGAACUCAUCCUGCAGCACCAGAAUCCACAGCAGCUCUCCUCUAAUCUGUGGGCGGCUGUUCGUGCACGGGGUUGUCAGUUUCUUGGCCCAGCAAUGCAGGAGGAAGCCCUCAAGUUGGUUCUUCUUGCUCUGGAGGAUGGUUCUGCUUUGUCCAGGAAAGUGCUGGUUCUUUUUGUUGUCCAAAGGCUUGAACCACGCUUCCCUCAGGCCUCUAAAACCAGUAUAGGCCAUGUGGUGCAGCUCCUUUAUAGGGCUUCCUGCUUCAAGGUUACCAAACGGGAUGAAGAUUCCUCCCUCAUGCAGCUGAAAGAGGAGUUUCGUACUUACGAGGCUCUGCGGCGGGAGCAUGACUCUCAGAUCGUUCAGAUUGCUAUGGAAGGUGGAUUACGUAUUGCACCUGACCAGUGGUCUUCUCUGUUGUAUGGAGAUCAGUCUCACAAGUCACAUAUGCAGUCUAUCAUAGAUAAGCUGCAGACCCCGGCAUCUUUUGCUCAAAGUGUACAGGAGCUGACAAUUGCACUGCAAAGGACUGGAGACCCAGCCAACCUCAACAGACUACGACCCCAUUUAGAACUGUUGGCAAACAUCGACCCCAGUCCUGAUGCUCCUCCUCCGACAUGGGAGCAGCUUGAGAAGGGGUUGGUAGCAGUGAAAACAGUGGUACAUGGCCUGGUUGAUUUCAUUCAACACCACAGCAAGAAAGGAGCCGAUCCUCAACAGCCUCCUCAGCACAGCAAAUACAAAACAUACAUGUGCCGUGACAUGAAGCAGAAAGGCGGCUGUCCUCGUGGAGCCAGCUGUACGUUUGCACACUCUCAGGAAGAACUAGAGAAGUAUCGUAAGAUGAAUAAGCGUCUGGCCACUCGCCCAGGAGUUGGGGUGGUUUUUACAGACGACGGCCUCACUCCUGAUGUAGCAGUGACCCCAAAGCUUUCCCCGGUCACCAAUGGCAGCGGUGCCCCAAACUUGCCCCAAUUAGUCGCUCGUGGCACCGACACAGUCCCAUAUGAGCUGUUGUCUAAACCUGUCAAGAUGGAUGGAGGAAGUCCAAGUGUCCCAGGAUCGCCACCUGAUGUCCUGGACUCCAUGCCCAAAUCCGGUAUACCACUGCCACCUCAUGCAAUGGUUCACCCCAGGUUGCCAUCAGAUCACCUCUCGGGGGUUAAGCACAUGUCCGGGGUUGCCAGAGGUUCACCAGUCUAUUCUCAACCGCAACCCCGUGAUGUAUAUGACAUUCGUCCCCCGCCUGCCUCUCAGUAUGAGCCGCCUCAGUACCCAGCAAGUUAUCCCUACCAACAGCCAACGCAGUAUGUUUCUCGAGAAUACAUCCGUAACCCCCCUCCGCCGAGCGAGUCAGGACCCCCUUACCACGACCCUUACACAGGCUACAGUGCUCCAGAGCGCCCCUACCAUUCCCAGCACUCUGGUCCACCUUUUCCCUAUACUCACUAUGACAGAGGUCACCACGGUGCUUACGGUGCCCCACCACCUCCCCCGCAGACUUAUCCAACUCAGAGGGAUUCUCUUGUCAAAAUGAGUCCGGCUCCCCUUGAUGUUCCACCACCCUCAGCAGGACAGGCCAACUCACUCUACUAUCAAGAGUCAAGUGCCCGGGAUAGAUACGCUCCAGAUGGUUACUAUCAGACGGGUUCCCAGCCUCCCCCUAUGAGGACUUAUGUCAGGGGGUCACCAUACAGCAGUUCGCAGACCACCCUAGACUAUCUCCAUCGACGACGGCAGGAGCUGUUAUCUCAGCUGGCAGAAAGGAAGGUGAUCUCUCCUCCACCGUUUGCCGCUUCCCCCACUCUUUCACAUCCCUUCCCCAACGACUACCCCACUGAGUAUGGCGAUGAGAGCUCCAAAACAAUACUGAAAGGCAGAGAGCCCGACUAUGCAGGGCAGUACUCCCCCUGGUCCUGCGAAACCAUUGGCUCUUAUAUUAGCACAAAGGAUGCCAAGCCCAAAAAUGUGAUGGUUCCUGGUGCCAUGGAAAUGAUGAACGUGGAGGAUAAAGGUCCGAGGGAACCAUCAAUGGAGGCUCCUCGGAGGGGAACAGAAGUGAAAGAUGAUGACCCUAUUAUACCUUUUGGCCCCCAGCCCACUGUGUCGCGCUUCGGCGCCAUCUCCCGCACUUCAAAGACAGGCUACCAGACCACUGGCCCAGUGCAAGCUAUGGCUUCCACUUCCCAGAACCCCAACUCUAAACACAUGACCAUGCCAGAUUACUCAUAUGGAAGUCAUGGGGGAUGGGGCGGGGCUUCGUACCCCUCCCACCAGAUUGCCCCCUCCUCUCAGGGACACUUUAUUGAGCGCCUUCCCAUGACAACCCCAGACAGAGAACAGUUGAAGAUUGAGCUGCAGCAGGUCAAUCAGCAGAUCACCCAACAGACUCAGAUGCACAACAUAGAGGCUGCCAGUAACUCUUUGCUCCUGCAGAGGGAGACUAGUGCAUUGGUAGGUCAGCCCCUGCAGCCCAUCCAGGGCCAGACAGCACACAGCACACAGCAACCUCAGCCCAAGUGGCCAGCAGGGGGUGCAAGUGUGUCAGCUAUCUCCAAUGAGCAGUUAAGCUUGGAGCUCCACCAGGUGGAGAGAGAAAUAGGCAAGAGGACCCGAGAGAUGGCGUUGGAAAACCAGAUAACUCAUGAUGUUCAGCAGUACAAAAUGCAGCCUGCAGAAAAUGGACAGCCAGAACAAGAGACCCAGCUUGAAGAAAUGUCUCUGGCUCUUGGCGAUGUGUCCAACGGCUCCAGCGGUCUGCAAGAAAGUGCAGUGGGUGGGUCCAUGCUGUCUCUGACCAGUAAGACAGCCGCAUUGAGCCUGUGUUCUGACCAAGUCAUCACCGGUUCAGAGAUGCAGAAAAACGGCGUUGUUCAUUCCUGCUCUUAGGAAGUACACACUUACUCACACACACACCUACACACAAACACACACAAGAUGCUCAUUUGAAAAGCAUGCACAGGCACACAUACACCAAUUCUAUUUAGAAGAUGAGCAGUAUCUGCCGUGAUGAAUUUUCUUUCUUUUUGUUCUGUGAAUGAGCUUUUUUAUGACUUUCCUUGCCUGGAAACCAGAGCAUAUAAUAACAUUUCUUGUGUGUUAUUUCUUUUUUUUUUUUUUUGUACUGGUAUUUGAUUAACAAGGCUCACAAUUGAUACAUCAAGAAGUAUAAAUGGUGGUGAUGAUGACAGCAUUUGCAUAUUAAUUUGAAAUAGAUACGACACCUUAAAAGCAACAGUAGCAGCAAAUUGAUUGCCCUGUCCUAAUAACAGGUUCUUUGUUUACCUGCAGAGUCGUACUUAUAGUACGUAUAGUUGGAACGGUUACAUGCAGAGGUGCGCAAGUCAAAAAGCAUUUUCUCAUCACAUACAUUUUGAGGAGCUCUUCUCAAAAGUCCUGUAAUGUGACAAAACUAUAGGAAGGAGCUCAAAUGUGUGGCUCGGUGCUCGCCCCCAAAAUCGUAACGAGAGGUUGGCCAGAUGUGGAUGCCUGAGGAGGGAAAGGCAGCAUCAAGUUCCACCUGUAUUCAGCCAAAAUAGAUACGUCAGGUGCUUUCAGAAAUGCAUUACUUCAGGAAGUUAAGAUUUUUAUUCUUGUAUUUUAUGAACAACAUAAUUUCUAUUUCAUACGUGAAAGCAGUAUCUAUUUAAUGAAAGCAUUCUGUUUUAAAGAUUGCAGUUGUGUUGAUAAUGAGAUUUCUUUUCGAUAAGGGAAUAUUGGGUGCUUCUCUUGGUUGCGGCGUGACCUUGAAGUGGUUUAAUUUCAGCACCCCUUUGCCUGUGUUUCUGAGCACAGUUAGGCCUAUCUCGUAAUGAAAUAUGUUAUCCUCAGAAGUAUUUUUGAGUGCCGCACAUUACUUGGCGGAGAGAACAUCUUACUACUUCAAUAAACGAUAAGAACCUUAAUUUUUCAAAUAUUAAAACUACUAAAAAAAAAGUACUUCCCUCAUCAGAGCUUCUCCUCUGGCCACACAGAGGCCUCCCCAUUGGGAUUAUCUUGUCAUUUGUUCACAUAACUUCUAUGAAGUUGCCUUCCCUUGUGUUUUUUUUUUUUUUUUUUUUUAGUUUAAUUUUGACUGUUUGCUUUACAUUGUUACAAUUUUGGGGUGGUGCAGCUUACCUCCUGAAACCUUCAUAGAGCAUUGCUGAAAACGUGUCGUCCUUUCUUUGGAAUAGCUGCAUUUUGUGCUAAUCCCUGGAAAGCCUCCUGUCGUAGUUGGCGAAACGUUUGGAAAAUGAUGUUUACAGCUUGGAGAAUGGCAACGUUAGUUACUGAAACAGAAAUCUUCCCCUUUCAAACGGUCUGUCCUCAAGUGUACUUAUGACAACCGACCAAAAAGUCGAUUUAACAUCGGUUUUGCCAUUGCAUGCCGUCCUCAUCACCACCAUUACUACUGCUAUAGCUCUUUCUUCAGCAUAUGGACUGUUUACCACUGAUUCUCAACACAGAGCGCUCUGCCUUCUGUAAACAAUUAGCAUGAUUUCAUGUGCUUGAACGGUUAAAAAGAUAGAGACGUUCCGGGUCAAGUUGUUGUAUCAAGCCCUCUUUUUGCUUAUAAACUGACACUUUGACAAAUCCCUGAUUACUGAUGAAUCAGAUCAAGGCAUAAACACAUCUGUGUGCCCUCAUCAGGUGUUGUAGGGCAACGCUUUUAAUUCGUCAGCACCAGGAUAGCAAUUUUGUUUAUUUCCAUCCACACUUAAAGCCUCAGGCUGCUCCUUGCUGCGUUUAUUGUUUAGGUACACAGCUCACUUAUACAUAUGAGUAUGUAUACAUACAUUAGUAUACUAAAGCACUAUUAAUGUGCCACCUCUUACUCUACUUGCUCAGCAUUUAUAUUAAAUGAUCUCUACUUAGAAUCAGCUUAAUGUUGUUUUUGGUUUGUUUUUUUACUUGUUUUUCUGUCCACUGGUUGCCAACACAGACUUUAUCCUUUCCCAGACGAAGGACCUCUGUGUGCAUUGAUGUGUGUUCAUUUAAUCUUUUGUGUUCAAACAAAGUUGUUCUUUAUAGAAUAUGCUUCCGAAGAUGACAAAAUCUGUAACUUUGGAAAAUUUAUAUGGAGAUGUUUUUUUUUUUUUGUGUGAUAGAUUGGAUUGUAGGAAACGUACCAUCAUUUUGUUUGUUUUUGGUUCCCCCCCCCUUGUGCUGUACCUGGUAGUGUUGAGAUUUUAGAACGGGUUUGUCCCCCCACCUUCACCGCUGCUCCAGUGAAAACAACCAGGACGUUUCUUCUGACAGAUAAGCUUUCAUUUCCUCUGUAAUACUCUUUUUACAUUAUUUGUUUAAGGAGCAUUAGAUCUGAAAAAUUAACACAUCAUGAUUUAGAGACAUACCAAUGAUCUCUAAAUUAGAGUUAAGCCAAAACGACCAAAAAGCUCAUUCUGCUUGAUGGGUCACUGCAGGUCUGAAUGAGCCUAAAACACCUUCUUAGCUUAGUGGAGCGUUUUUGUGCAGUGAUUGUAUGGGGGGAGUUUACUUUAUAGUAAAUGGCAAAGAUGUUAAUUUCAAUCUUGUGUGUUUUUGUUUUGAGUGAAACUGCUGCCUACACCUUUUGAUGGUAAAACAACCACCCUCACCCUUGACCACUGACCUCUGUUACUGCUGUUCGAGGCUCACAUUUUAUUCUCAGACUUUGAGGAAAUUCACAAAUCGUUUUUUUUAUAUUAUUACUCCCUUGUAAAAUAUCUCUUAAAUUAAGGUACAGGUUUGAUUUCAGCAAGAAAAACGUUUUUAUAUGUAUAUUAUACUCCAUUAAGGAAUGUCUAGAAUUAUCUUCCUCCAAUGUGGAUGUAGCCAUUAUUACGCCAUUUUAUGACUUUGUAAGAGAAUUCACUGUGUGAAAAUUGGUUUGCAUUUUUGUAUAAUACAAUCUGCUUUCUUUUUUUUUUGUUUGAUACAAGAGGGAGCUUAAACUGGAUGUUUGAAGAAAGGAAAAAGAACCUGUGAAAUUGAGAAAAGAAAAUGUAACUUAUGAGCAACAGUGAUUCUAAACUGAGGGGGAAAGAUUAAAUGAUAUUGCUAACUGAGA